AAAACAGAAUUCGUUUGUUUAGCUUUCACUAAGCAGUUGAAUUUGAACUGCUCUGCACUGACGAGUCAAAGACGAAACGUAAGGAAUAGUGAAAUCGGUUAUUUUUUAAUUUAUUUUUUUACAUCACAUAGGUUCUGAGUUAGGGCUUUUCAGUUGAUUUUAUGUGCAUUUUACUCAGAAUUCAUCAAAAAUAUCCAGGGAGGCGAAAAAGGCAAUCCGAGCGUAACGUUUUUAGUGGGCUUUGGCACGCCUAAUCAAUCCCUACGGAGAUGGAGUUUAGCCUAUUUGCUCACUAAACACUAAAUUUUUCUAGGUACGCCACUGAGUUGGACGUGAAUAUACAGAAUUCUAGAUAAUCCCAUUGAAUUUUUUUGCUCAAAUCCUUUCUAAUUGCCUAUGAUGUUAAUCUAUAGACAAACAAAUUCGAUUAGUAUGCCCGUUUUCAGAUUUCAAUUGGAUCGAUUUUCAGAAACAUUAGCUAUCUCCGAUAGAAUCAGUAAAUCCAUCUCCGGGAGAGCACAUUUUCUGAGGACGUCGAGCUGAGUCGAAUGGUAUGGGGUAAUUGUAUUAGAUCUCCGGGGUUGCGAUCAAAAGUCUGGUUCCCUGCAAUUCUUUAUGCUUCACCACAGAAAAAAAAUCAAACUUACUGGUGAUAAAAUGACUAAAUGUUGCAAGAAUGAAUUAAAUAUGUAUUGAACGUACCCCGACUUUCAAACAGACAUGCAAAUUUACAUAUUUCAGCACUUGAAAAUAUAUCAGAAGUUAUAAAAAUGUUUGUUAAGUUCACAGUGAAAGUGAAUAAUUUUGGACACUCGAAUACUUAGAAGACGUAAAUUUUCACGAUUUUUUAGGUGCAUUUCUAUGAAGAAAGCAAGAAAAGUGAAGUCGCACUGGUGACAUGGUUCAUUGAUAAUCGGUUUUGAAAGUUCGAAUGACAAAUGGACUCAAAACUAUUUCAAUUUAUAGCCUAUAGUUGAGAUCAUGAAUAGUUUAUAGUACACUCUUCGAAAAAAUGAAAUUUUCGCUUGACGUAAAUUCAAGCUUGCCGUAAUUUCUUCGGUGAUGACACAAUAUUACAUCUAUUACCAUGUAAAAAUAAAGUUAAAGUUAAAGUUAUGACUUAUCUUUACAUGCUUUGAAUUAUUAAUUCAAGUGGAUUACGACGCUCCUUCUAUGUGCAUCUACAAAAACGGAAACACGGAAAGUAGUUGUAAAUUUCCCCAAAAUGGAUCCUGUUCAAUUUUAGCGGUUAAAGAGUUCUCAUGAAAGCAAUCUCGCCCACUUUUUUCAUGGAAAAAAGUGCUCACUUCUGUUGUUUAUUUCCAAUGUGCUGACUGCAAUGCUUCAAAUACCCAAUAAGAAAAAAACGAUCGGCGGAAGUCUUUCGUUGGUCCAAUACGCUACACAGUUGGUCCGAUGAACUUCACGGAAAAACUCUGAAUUGAAGUUCACGGAAAAACUCUCGAUCGCAAAACAACUAAAAUAUUAUGUAGCUAUUUUUUUUUUGAAUUGAUUGGACCAUCGACCAAAAAUGUUCUUGACCACAUUGACAGAUUCUGAUCCCUUUUCUUUUUUUUAAUUUAUGUUUCUUUUUCUCCCUCCUAUUUCUUUUAUAUUGUUCACAUAAGAUGAGUUAAAAUUGAUCUUCCUUCUUACUUUUUCAACUUUUUCAAUCUAAGUGCCUUGCACAAUGAGUGAUCCCUUUUCCUUCGCAUAAUACGCCCAUAAUAUUUUCGUCUUGCUACACUGCUUCUCCUAUUUAUAGUUUUACUUACUUGCAGGCACGUGCCCUGAGGGGGGCCCAAGAGGCCCUGGCCCCUCCCAAAAUAGGAAAUCAUAGAUUGCUUUUCACAUACUAUUCACAUAUUUAUUUUAUAUACAUAGAAAACUUUUUGGUUAAAAAACAUUUUUGGGAGGCAAAACAGUGAAGGAAACCAAAUAAAAGUAAAGUAUGAUAAUAUGAGUCAUAAAUUGUUGAUCUCCAUGCUAUCGAGAAAAAUUAUGUUUUUGGCUUAAGUACAAUUUUGAAAAGGUGUCCCAAAGUACAGUAAGUCGUAUUCAAGGCAAAAGACGAACGCGAGCGCACUUUGAAAACAUGUUUUUUGUACGUUGAUAACUGUUGACGAAACUUGGAUCAACUAUUAAACGCCAUGGAACAGAAAGGAAUUAUCCGAGAAUGUACUGAAGCCGAAACGAGUGUUCCGAUGCAGUCUAAGAAGGUUCAAUGGGUUGGACAGGUCAUGAUGUCGAUUAUCUGGGAUUAUCAUGGUAUACUUUUCAUGAACUGCCUUGAAACCAUCGACGGUGAGUAUUAGUGUACAUUAUUGGAGCGAUUGAUUACCGAAAAAAUCAAUAAUGAUAACGCCACACUCGAGACUGGGUAUUUUCACUAGUAUGUUUACAUCGAACUAGUACGCAGUAUUCUGGAAUACGGAAUUACAAUUCACAAUGUUCACAUCGAUUGGAUCGAAAGUGUACGAAAUUCAGAAGUGUUUCGUCCUAUUUGCUUUUCGAAGACUACCAUGGCUGAAUUGUCUUCAAUUACUACGUUACGAGAAUCUCCGAGCUCUCAUCAACUAACAGACCCUAUUAAUAGAUGAAUAUUUCUUUAGCGGCUCUUCGUUUUCGAUUGACUGACUGAUAACAUCGGUUAACAUAAAGUAUAUAAAAACGUUUCUGUGCCCUAGACACAAAAAUUGGUUAACCCCUUAGUAAUUCAUUAUCUUGUGUUUUCUAGACUUUGGAUUCGGCUGAAAUUUAAUUGAAAUCUAUGAAACCAUACUUUCGAAAAUUGUCCUAGUUCUCUCUGAGAAAUUUCUGUGGGUUCUGUUUUGUAGUUUUUGACCGUAACUAAGAAGUUUGUUUGAGAAAUCGAUAAGAGUUAUAUAUUAAAGUUUUUGAACACUCCUUUCCGUGCUUCCGGAACCAUUAUAUUCGAAUUGAAACCAACAAAAUUUCCAAACUAGAAGAAGCUCCUUUUUACAUUGUCAUUUACAAAACACACUCCUGAAAUUGAAGGUUUACACUCUCAAUACUCUGUAAUUCCGGAACCGGAAGUCGAAUCCGUACUAUGAGACUGUAUGAUGUGAGGAAAUUAAAUCAUUUUUUUCCCCAAUUUCAAUUUUAGAAUAUAUGAAUAUUUACUUAAGUGGGAAAUUAUUUUCUAUGCGAACUCGAAAAUUCCUUUUAGUUAAUUAAUUACUUUUGAGUUUGCACUCACGAUUCCAAGAAACAAGAGGUACUAAAGGCGCACCAAGAAUUUGAUAUGAAGAAGUUAGUUGUUUUAUUUUCGAUCUGGGCCAAAUUGUCACUGUUUAGGAGGUAUGUGUAAUUCAAUGGCCAUAUAAGGCAUGCUUAUGUUCUCCCUAGAUCUCUAGAGCUUAAGCACAUCUUAAAACUGACUGAGAUGUGUUUGAAAUAUGGAAUAUUCAUAAUGUUCAGCAAAUAGUUAACUAAGUGGUGGCAAAUGCAGUUGUUGGCAUUUAAACAUUUAUGCCUUUAGUGGCUAGAGAUACACGAUCAUUAGAAGACCUAUAUAUGAUAAAGCGAAGAGCUAAGGUAAGAUAAGAAGAGCUUCGUAAGCAUAAUCUUAUAUGUAAGGUAGAAUAAGUUCACACAAUCAUAAGACGGUGUUGAAAUACGUAAUAGUCAUCACCAAAAUAAUUCAAUUAAAUCAACUUCAGUAAAAUUUGCAGAGCCAGAACUUGCAUUUUAUAUAUUGAACGCUAGCGAUAUUUGUCCUAACAAGCUAUUGUCUAGCUUACGCAGACAGCAUAAGCAAUUUUACUUUCGUCAUAUCGGAGUGUUCCAAAAAGUCAUCGAACUUUAUUAUUAAUUUAUAGAACAUGUACCAUAUAAAUGAUUCAUUGAACAAGAAUUUUACAGUCAGAAUGCUCUUAAAUGUAAACGUAUUACACGUAAAUUUCGCACAUAUAUUCAUAUCGGUACCAACCAGGCGUCUCCGUUAAUUUUGAUCAACGUUAUUUUCAAACUACUUUCGUGUUCGAAUCACGAUUUUCUAAUAAUCGACACGAUACUCAUGAGCUACCAACAGUAAGAAAUGAUGCACGAUGUCACAGCUACAUGCCACUGCCAAAUUCAGUUGAGUUUCGAUCGGUGCCGGAUUAACAUCAUUUCGAGUCGCGUGCGCACCACCCUUCAAUUCCGCAUCAGGUCACCUAUCUCACUUUUACGCUCGAAAAGAAACACGAACGACGAAAAAAGAUAGAACAUUGCCCGUACAGUGAAAAUUUGUGAAAAUCGUGACCUGUGUGCAGUAGAACCAGAGAAAGGAAUUUCCUUCCAAAGCUUACGAAAAAGCCUUUUCCGUGUUUGCACCUUCAGUUUACGCAACCCUUCGUAGCUACAUAAAAUUAGGUUUUAAAUUUAAUUGUUUCUGGUAUUACAUUAAGGAAAAUAAGGAUGAAAGUGCUCAUUUUGAAAGUAUACCAAAAGUUCAGUGGUAAAAGAAGCAAAAAUAGCUGAAGCAGCCAGUGCCCUAGAAAAUGAUUCAUGCAAAAAGUUUUUCGCAGUAUCACCAAUUUUACAAUAAAUUCAGAAGUGAUAUUCUUUGUGUUCUAAUUAAAAACAGUCUAAAGCUGAGAUUCACGAAUUCUUCACACUAACUGAUUUUUUUGCCAUAAUAGAUAAAAAUCAGUUUAAUGGUCAUAUCGCUGUGUACCCGAUGCUUGCAUACCUGUGAAAAGUGAUAUAUGACAUCCCUUCUAAAAUCUGUGAAAAUCGAAGUGUUCCAAACUAAUAGGGAGCUGCAAAUAAUCUAUUUGAAAAAUUGGUUCCUUCUUCAUAACGUUUUCUCUUCGGUUUGAAGGGGCUAUUUUUAAAUCAUAGCAUAGCAUCUAUAGCAGUGGCAGCCGACAUCGUCGGAUUAUCGUUUUCCUGCUCUAUACUAUUGUUACGCAACCCACGGUGAUCUGUCGUACUGCUUAUACUUUAAACGCGGACACGGAGUAACGCUGUUUUUCGCGGUCACCGCCGUCGGAGAACCCGCCGUCGCUGUUCACCAGAGAAGGAUGCGCUAAUGCAAACUAACUGUUUUUGAAGUUUUUGGAAAACCAUAUGAGUGGAAUCUCGUGUAGAGUAAAAUUUAUUCACAUGUUAUUUGUAGGAAGUGAGUGCCUAUUUAGUGGUUGAAUUAUGUACUUCAGAAUAUGUCCAUGAAUGUUUUGUGUAUAAGAUUUGCUGUGGGACACGUAUUUGUCAAUCAAUUGGCAUUAACUUACAUAUAAAUACUGAUCAGUAGCCAAGAUGUCACAUAUGUUUCCUAGUGCCAAAGGGGACCAAUUAUGUCCCCUGGGGUUUCAUCCGCAAGUUCGUUGGCCAACACGUUGCAAACGAUGUUUCCGAGACUACAAAGAGCACGGAAACAAACGAAAUGGAGAUGACAUUACAGCAUCGACACCCGUCCUUCCCGGCUCAUCCCAAUCGCGUCGCGAUGGUGGUAGCAGCACGAGUUUGGACAAACCAGUAAGGAGUUGGACCUCUACACAAAAUCUAUACCUGCCUAGUAAUGAUCGACCACCAGGUGUUCCACCACGACCAGCUUCUUGGGCAUCGACGCCUGAUUUUGAGGAUGUUAUGCAAAAUAUAAAGGCAGAUUUGACUGUAAAUUUAACCAUACCACGUCGGAGACAUACUACUACAUUCGACAAUUUAGAAGAACUGGAAACGACAGUUACUUUGAAAAGACCACCGCUUCCACCUAUUCUGAAAAUAGAACCGAAAAAAGAUGAAUUCAAGAAGGAACUUGAAAAGGCUGAAGAUCAAGGAGUUACUAUUGAGAAGGGAGACUCUCUUGCUGAGCGGGUACGCAAGAUGAAUCUGAUUAAACGACAAGGUAGCUCUGAACGAGAUAGUCGUGAAAAAUCUGUACCACGAAAAGACGAUGAAAGUCCAGCACCGGUAACAAAAGUUACUGUUAAGUUACCCAAAGAGAACGAACCAGAAAAAGUGGAGCGUAAGCGCCGUGUAAAACCCAUUCCAGAAAGUUCGACCAAAGAUACGUCUAGUAAACCGCAGUUAACGCUAAGUAAAACAACUAUCACAUCAACGAAGCCUCUCACAAAUACUUCUUCAUUGACACCUGUAAAGGAGAAACAGAGUGCGAAGCCUAGCAUUAGUAGUGAAGCUGCAAAAGAUUCAAAAAAGAUUAUUAGGCGACGUCGUAUCGAUACUGGUCUUUUCGAGUCUCCUUCAAAACCAGUUAACGUUCCAACAACAGCAGCCUCACCAUUCACAACCAAAGCGGGAUCAGAGUCUUUCAACAAUAGUAGCGAUGACGUCAAGUUUUUGAUUUCAAUUAAAGAUAACAAAUCGAAACUUGAUGAAGACCUCCAUUCGAUCACUACAGAAACAACUGAAACAACAAUCGUUGACAACAGUGAUAAUCAUGAACUACAAGAAGAGAUUGAAAGUCUGAGGCGAGAACUGGAAACUGUGAAAGCGCGCUGUGAUCGAGCGGAACGCGAAAAAAGUGAUAUACUGUUAAGACGAUUAGCGUCUAUGGAUACUGGUUCAAACAAAACGGCUGCCUCGGAGGCGCUAAAACUGCAACAAAAAGUAAACGAACAGAAACAGCUUAUAGAAGAUCUUCAGGAUGAAAAAAAGUUUUUGUCUACCAAGGUGAGAGAAUUGGAGUCUGAAAUGAAAGUUCGCGGGACAAAAAAUGUCGAAGAGCAGCUGAGGCAAAAACUGGAACAGGCUGAAACAUUGUGUGAAGAACUAAUGGACGAAAAUGAAGAGAUAAAGCGUGAAAUGAGAACCAUGGAAACCGAGAUCGAAGAAAUGCAUGAUAACUUCCGCGAAGAUCAAGCUGAUGAGUAUGCUUCACUGAAAAAGGAACUUGAUCAGACCACUAAAAACUGUAGAAUAUUGUCAUUCAAACUUAAGAAAUCAGAUCGCAAAAUUGAACAACUUGAAUCAGAAAAGGCAGCUUUGGGAGCGAGCACCGACUUAGCAGUGAAAGUUAAACAACUUGAAGAAGAACUUAGAGUCUCUAAUGAAGUUUCCCGUAGAUUGCAGUCGGAAUUAGAACAAGCUGAAUCAAGUCCAUCAACUCCGACUAAGAAAACUCCAGCAUUAGGCAAAAUAGGUAAAUCCACUUCGGCCGAUAAUAAGAUUUCACGUGCGUCAUUAACCCGCGGUGGAUCGCAAGAAGAUCCUGUCCAGUUACUUCGAGAUCUCCAAGAUUCCCUCGAACGCGAAGCUGACUUGCGUGAACAGCUAAAGUACGCCGAAGAAGAAGCGGAAAAUCUUAGACGAAAAUCGUCUAGGGUGGAAGACGAUAACGAAUCCCUCCUGAUGCAAUUGAAAAAGAUGGCAACGAAGGCGAGAACAAAAAGUUUUUUCAAUACAGGUAGAAAACUCAGCCCAAGUCCACCAAAUCGUCGAUUAAUGGCAGAGGGUCCCUUGGAGAAGGAUGAAGGAAUUUCCGAUGAGGACGAUCCGGCAGAAUUACGUUUGCAACUUGAACUGAACGAACAGGAAACCGCUGUACUACGACGAAAGAUCGAGGAAUUGGAAGUAGAGAACAAACGGAAUCGAGAACAUGUGAAGGAACUUCAAGAGAGUUUAAUAUCUAAAACGAAGGAAAUGGAUAAGCAAAGCAAGUUUCCUUCUCUGCUAGGAUCAAAAAGUAAAGAUCCAUUGGAUGGUAAGAAAAUAAAGGUAAUGGAAGAUGAAAUCACUGAGUUAAGGAAAAAAUUGAUUGAAAAAGAUCGCGAAGUUGAGCGGGUACAAGCUGAACUCAGUCUAACUAAAACUAAGGGCGGAAAAACAUUAACCAAAACUAAACCUUUGGAUACGUCUUUAACAGAUCAACAGGCUGCCGAUCUUAAGCGUCAAAUGCAGGUAGUUGAACAGGAAGCGACUGUUUUACGGAAGAAAACGCAAACGUUGGAACAGGAAAACGAAAAAUACUCAGCUGAAAUAAAGCAGUUGCAGGAAGAAAAAUUGUCAAACGAAGAAGCCGCAUCGAAAAAACUGGUAAACACCAUACAGGAAAUGCAGCGCGAGAAGAGUGAAAUUGAGGGCAAACUGAAGCGAAUAACCGAGCAAUCCUCGACGGGAUUGCCAUCAAGAACACCAAAGGUUCCAAGUGAGAUGCAUUCCAAAACGCAACUGAAGAAAAUGGUAGACGAAUGCGAAAAUGAAAUUUCAGAGCUGCGCGCUAUCGUUGGAAUCUCGGGAGCAAUGAGUAUUUCAGUGCUGGAAAGUGAGAAGAAAAAACUACAAGCCGAACUAACUGAAUCUAGACAACAAAGAGAUAAAUUGGAAGUUGAAAUAAAAAAGCUGGCCGCUCCAAAAGUAUCUGCCGAGCUGCAGGCUAUAAAACUGAACGAGGCCCAACGAACAGUUCAGAAGUUGGAAGAUGAAAACAAAAAGCAGAAUGAUAAAAUCAAAAUCCUGGAAGAGAAAAUAAGCAAAAUUACUACGACUAUGAAGACAUCUGAAACAAACAAAUCUCAACUGGAGACUCAACUGAAGACAGAGAAAGAUAAAAGAGGGAAUACAGAAAAAGAGUUGGAGAAUCUUCGAAAAGAAAAAACUGCAAUAGAAAGCAGGGUUUCUGAGCUAGAGAAAGAAUGGCUGAAAGAAAAGGAAAUGGCAAAGUCUACUAAAGAAUCCUUAGAGAAACAAUUCGAAAUUUUGAAGAGACAGUCUUCGUCGCCAGACCCCUCGGCAGGAAAGGUACAAGAGCUAAGCCAGAAAAAUGAUGAUUUAAUGUCAAAAUUGGAAGAAGAAUCAAAAAAAUACCAGAAACUCGCAUCCAAGCAAAAAACUAUCGAAGAGGACUACGCGCUGUUGAAAGCGCAGGCAGAGACCGAUAAACCAAAACUGCAAGAGUUAGAUAUUUUGAAGAAAAAACUCAUCCAAGCGGAUGCCAUCGAGUCGAGAUUAGUAAAGGAAAAUACAAAUCUUAGUCGAAGGCUUGUUGAAAUGCAGAAAAAUACUGCAGAGCUGGAAACUAAUAUCGAAAAUCGAAACGCUACCUAUGAAUUAGAAAAGAAUCGCCUGAGAAACGCACUGGAAGAUAAGCAGCGAGAGUGUGAACAACUGAUCAACGAGAACGAGAUGAAUGGAUAUCAAGUUUCUCAAAUGAGAAAAGAUAAUGAUGAUCUUAGAAGCAAACUGGACGACUAUGAAAGAAUUGACAAAGCCCAACGGACGCUAAGUGAACACAACUCUCAGUUGGAACAGGAACUUAAAAAACUUCAAAUUCAACUGGAAACGGCUGAAAUGAAUGUAAAAUCAGAGGUUGCUGCAACACGCCUGCGAUACGAACAGCAAGUGAACAAUUUGCACAACGAGCUAACCGGACUACAGCGUCAGUGCGAACGCUUCAAACGCGACAGAGACACAUUCAAACAACUGGUGGAAGCCGCACAAAAGCAGAUCGGAGAUAUGAAAGCCAAUCGACGAAGCUUAGCUUCGAUAACCAGUAGCAGCGAUGACGACGACAAGUCUAAGAUUGUUGCACUUGAGCAACAGAUUGGUUGCCUGGAGGACGAGCUCAGUGAGGCGCGUUUGGAAGCCAGCAAAGUACGAACUGAGUUGAUCUCAGAGCUUAGUGCAUCCGAGAUCAAAAUUUCGGAAAUGCAGUCCAAAAUAAACGAGCUCGAGGAGGAAAAAAUUAUAAGUGGCGGAAAGAGUAAGGUACCAGGAACGAAGACUAGAUUAGAACUUUCGUGGCAAAAAGAACGGGAAGACCUUCAGCGGUUGGUUCAAGAAACUUCAACACUAGCCAGAGAUCUACGGCAAACAUUGUUCGAGGUGGAACGAGAACGAGACAAAGAAAAACUAGAAUCUCGUCGUAAGAUAGAUCAAAUUAAAAAGACAACAGAAGAAGAAAUCGAAGAAGGUAGAAGAAAAGUUACGGAACUUCAAAGUGAUCUACUAGAACUACGAGAUGCUCAUGCAAAACUUAGAACAGCCAACGAGAAACUAAGACGUGAUCGUGAGCGCUAUGAACGAGAACGCGAAGGUGCUGCUCGACGAAGACUAGAGAUGGAAGGUGAUCGAAGAAUUGGAGCAGUUCUUCAAACAGUUGACGAAUUACUAAGGAUGGCUCCUGAAGUACAGAAAACUGUCUCUAAGCAAGAAACUACAGUAACAACCACAAGCACGGGAAAGACCAUCAACGCAAAUGCACCCAUUCCAACGCCUCCAAUGCGGCACAAGAGUCCAUCACCUGGUCCAGGAGGUGUAACUCCGCAACCCAAGUCUAUUACGGCAGUAUUAACAAGGCUAGUCGAAGCAUCCGAAGAACUCAAACGCUACCAGCGAAUGUGCGAUGAGGAAAAAGACAGAGAGAGAAUGAGGCGCAGUGGAAUGAGACGAGCUGCUUCCCAGGAGAAUGAUACAAUUGAGGGUCAUACAAGUAGACCAGCCAUGAGAAGCCUAUACAAAAAAAGUCUAUCAUUGGAUCAAUCCUUGCAAAACGAACAACAAGGACUUAUAUGGAAAGAAGGCGACGAUAGCAUGUCUUCAUUGCAAUCCCUCGACUCGGAAUAUGGAGCAAUGAUUCAUCGAGACCCAAGCUUAGAUUCACGUCUAUCGGGUGGCUCCACUCAGAGUGAUAUGCCAAGAAUGAGAAAGAAAAAACGUGGCCUUAUGGGAAAAUUGCGCAGCCUUAGCUUGACAAGAAACAAAGGCAGUGAAAGUGAUUUUUCUAUUCAAGGUUCCGACUCGGACCUUAGCGUUGCAGGUGAUAUUCGUUCCAGCAAAAGUAAUUUGAAAGGAAAGUUAUCAGGAAUGUUCCGGAGGGCCGGAUCAUCUUCACGGGCCGGUAGUAACGACUCACUAGACCGAGAAGCUCAACGUCCGGUUGCAAUACAUACACUUGGGAAUGGGCCAACAGUGACAUCGCACCCUCCAAUACCCCGUCCAGUUUCCACUAGUACACCGCAUUUAGCAAGGUCUGGAAAACCUCCUACCCCAUCGAUGCAACCCACGCAAAGGAGAAGGGUUGUAGGACAAACACCGCAAGGACCAGCGAAUUCUGGCUCACUACCGAAGUAAACACUAUAGAAUUAGAUUGUGGAUGUUUUGCCCAGCAACAUAAAAGAAAUCGAUUUCAACGUACUUAAUUUAAACACCAUGCAACAUCUUUGUUAUUUGUUGAAUAUACAAUUAGAAAAAAAAAUCCUGUAAA